AUGGUUCAAAGUCCAGUAAUGAACAGAAAUGUUCAUAUUGAUGAAACUGGUAACAAUAAUAAAAUAAAACUUCCUUUUGAAAUAUCAGAACAUAAUAUCGAUACAACUAAGAUUACUCCACGUACUAAUUUACGUGUUUUUCUUUCCUUAACAAUUGGUUCACUUGGAAUUAUAUUUGGUGAUAUUGGUACAAGUCCAUUGUACGUUCUUAAUACAAUAUUUGCUGAAAAUUUACAUCCAACACCGCAACAAUGUAUCGGCGCUAUAUCAUUAAUUAUUUGGAAUUUAAUUAUAGUUGUAACAAUAAAAUAUGCAAUAUUUAUUUUAAUGGCUGAUAAUAAUGGCGAGGGUGGAACAUUUGCACUUUGUGGUUUAUUAACAGGUGAAAAUAGUAAAUUACGUGCUCGUGCUAAACAUGUUGUUAGUAUUAUUGCUAUUCUUGCUGCUUCAUUAUUAAUUGGUGAUGGUGCUAUUACUCCAGCAAUUAGUGUUUUGUCGGCCAUUGAAGGUUUAGCUGUAACAUCUGAAUCACUUACUAAAUGGGUUGUACCAAUAACAGUUGUGAUUAUUAUUGCCUUGUUUUUUGUACAAAUGUUUGGAACAUCAAAAAUUGGUUUAACAUUUGCACCUAUUAUGCUUGUUUGGUUUGCUGUUAUCUUUUCAAUUGGUAUUUGGCGUAUUACAUUUGAUCCGACUAUUUUACGUGCGUUCAAUCCAUGGGAAGCAAUAUCUUAUUUAAUUCGAGAAAAAAAACAAGGAUUUAUUCAAAUUGGUGGAGUCUUUCUUUCUGUAACAGGUCUCGAAGCACUCUAUGCUGAUUUAGGUCAUUUUGGUCGAUGGCCAAUACGAACAAGUUGGUUAGCUGUUGUAUUACCAUCUGUAAUGGCUAAUUAUCUUGGUCAAGGUGCGUUAAUUAUGCAUCAUCCAGAAUAUAUCUCUAGUCCAUUUUAUAAUGCUGCCCCAGCAUGGGCACGAUGGCCCAUGAUUGUUUUAGCAACAUUGGCAACAAUUAUUGCUUCACAAGCAAUUAUUACAGGUGUUUUUUCGUUAAUGAAUCAAGCAUCUUCUCUUGGUUUUGCACCACCUUUACGUGUUAUACAUACAAGUAAAAAAGUAAUCGGUCAAAUAUAUGUUCCUGCAAUCAAUUGGAUAAUUAUGUUAAUAACAAUAGCUAUUACACUUCUUUUUCGUAGUAGUGCUAGUUUAGCCCAUGCUUAUGGUGUCACUGUUUGUUCAGUUAUGUGUAUAACAACAAUACUUUAUAUUUGUGUUAUGCGCUAUGUAUGGAAUCAUCAUUGGUGCUUUGUUCUUCUCUUUGGUGUAUUUUCCAUAAUCGAUUUUUACUUUUUAGCAGCGAAUGCAAUCAAAUUUCUUGAAGGUGCAUGGGUCGCUCUAUUAAUUGCUGUACUCUUUUUUCUAAUUGGUUUUUGUUGGUAUCAUGGUCAAACACUUCUUCGUCGAUAUCUUCAUGUUCAUGCUCAAACAACUGCUCUUGUACAAUUAUCUCAUCGUCUUGGUAUAGAAUCAACAAGUGAACCAAUCUUAACACCAGACAAUGGAUCAUUAUCACGUCGAAAAACUUUACCAAUUGAACAUCAAGCUGCAAGUAGUGAUGAAGAUGAUGAUGAAGAAAAAAAAUCAAAUCCAAAAAUAAAAAUACUUCCACCAAUAUCUGAUGGAGAUGGUUCUUCAAUAAGCAAUCGUAUAUCAUUUAUUUAUAAUGUCGAUCAUACAGAGAUUGAUACAAAUUCAUCUAGCAAAACUGUUUGUACAGUAACACCUGGUCUAGGUGUUUUUCUGACGACAUCAUCAAGACAUACACCACAUGUAUUCGAACGUGUAUUAGAUCGUAUGCACGCGCUUCCACAAAUUGCUAUUUUUCUUAAAAUGGAAUAUGCACGUAUACCAGUUGUUGAUGUCAGUCAAAGAUUAAAAGUUCGAACAUAUGGUUCUGAACAACGACGUAUUUAUCAUAUCACAGCAUGUUUUGGAUAUUCUGAACAUAAAAUUCAAUUACCUGAGAUUUUAAAAUUAGCUGCUAGAGAUCAUAAUAUUCCAAUACCUGAUGAUCGUAAUGUCACAUUUUUUAUUCCAGCUAUAUCAAUUCGUGUAAAACACAAAGGAUGGCGUUUAUUUUUUACUAAAUGUUCAUUAAUUAUCUAUUCUGUUUUAAAAAAUAUGUUUCCAUUUGGUCAAAAAAAUUUACAACUUCCACAUGAUCAAACAGUUAGUGUUGGUAUGGUUGUACCUUUAUAA